GUUAUACAUCCCUCCUCUAAUCUAACAAUAGGUCUUGGAACCCGAUAAAAAUUCAUGCAAACCAGGUCCAGGGCAACUAUCGCAUCAUAAUCUUCCGCCACAUGAGAUCAGCCUGACACCUCCUCCUUCCACCCACCCACAUCUCUCCCCCCACGGAAUCCAGAAAGUUUAAAAUUCCUCGAGGGGCAUUUCCACAGCUCUCUACGAGCGAACACCCUUCAUGGCGAUGAGCAUGACCCAGGCGCGAUCCAAGAUCUGAUGUCCGAGCUAGGCGUCGGCGGGAAGGAUGGGGACGAUGAGAUGGUUCCGUUGUCGGAUCCACGAUGGAAGACCGUGGUCGGUAAAUUGAUCCCAGAGAAGGUCAUACGAGAUAGAUUAGCAGAUGCAACCUCCGGCUGGAAGAUGAAAGUCCGUGUCAUUCCUGUCGUUUUCCUCAUAAUCAAUGGCCUCGCCAUGGAUAAUGGCGAUUUUAUCAAUGUGCUUAUUGCCACCCCAUCGGCCAAUAACUGGGCCGCAUUCAGUCAGAAGGGGUGCUUGGAUGGCAUUAGUCUAUAUAACUUUGUCUUCUUUUUGACGAGCUUUAGGGCAACACAAGAGGAAGUGAAGAGACACUACGAGACUCAGGAAUUGAACUGA